GAGCUCGAGGCCUCCACCGAAAUCUAUAUAAGGGUGUUCGAAGUCGCCCGGAAAUCGAUCCUCUUCAUCAGCAUCAAUCACAUUCGUUGAUAAGCCUUCUUUCUCUCUCUUACAGUCCAGUCUUUCCAGACAAGCGCUCUUUUACAAGCAACUCCGAGUUUUAACUCUCGUUCAAUUCCAAACCCACCGUCACAAUGAAGUUCUCCAUCACUGCUGCUGUUCUUGCUUUCGCUGCCACCGUCGUGGCCAUGCCCGGUGGUUCUCCUUCCUCCGCCGAUAACAACGGCCCUGGCAACGCCAACGGUGCCGGCAACAAGGGCAACAGCGACGUUCGCUUCCCCGUCCCCGGCGACAUGACUGUCAAGCAGGCCGAGGACAAGUGCGGUGACCAGGCUCAGCUGUCCUGCUGCAACAAGGCCACCUACGCUGGUGACAGCACCAACGUUGACAGCGGUCUCCUCGCUGGUACCCUGUCCAACCUCAUUGGUACUGGAUCUGGCUCCGAGGGUCUUGGUCUCUUCCAGGAGUGCUCCAAGCUCCCUAUCCAGAUCCCCAUCAUCGGGAUCGCCGUCCAGGACAUCAUCAGCAAGCAGUGCCAGCAGAACAUUGCUUGCUGCCAGUCGUCUCCCUCUACCACCGACGACGACCUCAUCGGCCUUGGUCUUCCCUGCAUUGCCCUCGGCUCCCUCGUUUAAGCUGCUUUCGGGCGAGCUUAUGCUUGGGCUUGGCUACGCUUCUCAACGGAAUCGUUUGUGGUCGGACCUUGGAUUUAGUACUUGGCUUUCGGGCCCGAGAAACAUCAUGGACUGACCGUGUGCGAGAAACUUGGUGGCGUGUGGCACCUCGGAGAAAGACUGUUCUGUUUGUUUGUACUGCAUUUCGUGCAUUUGCCGGUGCUUUUGGGCGCUGGUCUCGUUGCAUAG